AUGACGCAAUGCAACGGUACAUAUCGCCACCGGUCGCAUCCGACGAGUGUGACGCCGAACGGCUUGAGUGAUAGUCGGUCAACAGACGGUUAUGACGAAUACACGAGGAAACGAAAUCCAUCUCUGGUGUGGAAAUAUUUUCUUACUGCAACGGAUAGAAAUAGCGCGAAAUGCAAAAUAUGCUCCCGUAUUGUGAAAACGCUCGGAUCGUCCACUAGCGGUCUCCACGGCCACCUGCGAUUAAAACAUGGGAUUAAAAUCGAUCCAAUUCAAAUUAGGAAGCCUCGCCAAUUGAACAGUCCUAUGCAAGAUCCUGAGACCGUAUUUAAUGAUGAGGUAGUGGGCAAAAGUUAUGAGGUUGUCCUGAAAGAAGAUAGGAAAUCUAAAAAGCAUAAGGCUGUGAAUGAAAGCUCAGUACACUAUUUCGAAAACGAGACCGUGCCGAUGAAAAAGAAAAGACGCACAUAUUCUUCGAUGUGGAAAUUUUUUUUAAGGUCAAGCGACCAUCAAACUGCCAAAUGUAAGAUCUGUUCAAAAAUAAUUAAAACCAAAGGGUCUUCGACAGGAAACAUGAUUAAUCACAUGAAACAGGUUCAUAAAUCGUAUAUAGAGAAUUCCACGGAGUCCUUUACUAAAGUUGAAAAGGAGGUAGAAAUGCCUCUCACAGUCAUAAAACAAGAGGCCACAGUUACACCAGACGACGAAAUAGUAUUAGAUCUAAAUGAUGUUCAUGAUAACAAUAUUGAGAUUCAAAACGAACAUUCCUAUCAGAUAGACAUUCAAAAUGCCGUCACUCCUAUGAAAAUUAUCUCCAGAAUGGUUGCAUUAGAUGGAAUUCCGCUGAGAAGCUUUACCUCGUCCCCCGACUUACGUAAACUUCUAACUGACUCCGGCUACGACUUACCGUCCUCUGACAUCGAGACAGUUAGUAUGAUCCUUCAACAGACAGAUAUAGUCAUGCUUGAGGUGGCACGAGAACUUAAAACUCUUAUAGACGCAGGAGUAAAAUUUUGUUUGGUUCUAGAAGAGUUUCUCACAGCAAAAGACGAGAAGUACAUAAGCCUUAAAAUUAAUAACGAAGAUUCACAUUUUGGAGAAACGAAAAAUUUAGGUCUUAUCAAAAUCUUUAAUGAAAUGGAAAACAAAUUAAUCAUACAACAAAUAGUAAAACGCUUGCAAUCCUUUGAUUUGAAUCUUUACAAAGAUAUUAUAUCACUUACAACUAGUUCAACUUUGUCGGAAAUAAAAUUUGGAACUAAUGUCGAGCUCGAUAGUCAAGCCUGCCUCGCUCAGGGCAUUCAAAACGGUGUGAUCGAAGUUUUGUAUAACGAAGAUGUGGCUGCGACUAAUCUGCGAAGGGAUGCUACUGAUGAAAGUGAUGACGACUCUGAGUGUAUGAAGGAAACCAGGAAUGCGUUUUUUGUUAAACCCCCUGAUAUUACCAGAGAACCCCAACUGAUUCACAGUAGCAUCAUUGACAAAGUGAGGAAAAUAGUGCGAUACUACAAGAACUCGGCAUCCAGGAAUGAACUCCUGCAAAAGAAAGUGAAAAAGAAAUACGAUAAGGAAAUACCGUUGAUCCUAGAUUGCAGAAAACGUUGGAGCACGCUGUGCGAGAUGAUAGGUAGGUUUUUAAAGCUAAAAGACUGUAUACACGAGACCCUGACUUAUCUAGAGAUGGAUUUAUUCAUUCGGGAUGAAGAACUGCAGAUUCUAAGCGAAAUCCACGAUAGUCUAGUUGUAAUAAAAGCUACAGUAACCGCCCUGUGUAAGCCUAACGCGAACCUGCUAACAGCCGAUGCCGCUUUGCGCUUCAUGUUUAGGAAGUUAGACAAUCAAAACACUGAAUUUUGUAGGCGCUUCGCCACUGCUAUAAAAAAUCAGAUAAAAACAAGGCGAACGCAUCUAUCCAGUAUGCUACAGUACUUGCACGAUCGCCACACUUACAUUAAGUGCCAGGACGAAGACGUGUUCAGGAAACUGACAGAUAAGAAUAUCGUUAGCAAUAUUCUAUCUCUGCUCACGCGUUUAAAUCCUCACAUUAAAGAUCGGAUAAAUAAUAAACUGAUCUCUAGAGAUGUAGUUCGGAAGAUUUACGAUCCACUGGAAUCAGACGACGAUGAGGAAACGUCUAUAGAAAAGCAACUGGAAAAUGAAAUAAAAACGUGUAGAAGUGAAGCGCCUAAACCGAAGCUCGAUCCGCAGAAUUUGGACUUGGAGAAGAUUAUCAUGGGGGAGCUUAGUAUUUACGAAAGUGCAGGAGGUGGAAGGGGGUCGUAUCUCACAACCACUUAUGAGAUAUUGCUUUCAAUUGCACCGGCUACUUCUGAAGCGGAGAAGUUCUUUUUCGCUAAGAGAGACGCUCACAAUAGACUGAGUUGCCACCCUGAGGCGAUGUUAAAUUCCCUCUUCAUGUUGAGGUCUUAUUUUAAGCAGCAAACCAACGAGCAAGAUUAA